AUGUCUUCAGACACUUUGGAACGUACGCUGAGUUUGGGAGAUUCGCGAGAGGAAAGAAGUCUUACAGAAUGGCUAGAUUUGAAAGGUCGCGUAGAGGAGGAGAAGUUCCGCGAGCUUAGUGCUGACUUAGAAAGAAGAAGAACGUGGAAGUUUCUUAAGCACGCAGAAGAAGAGAGGAAAAUUGUCCUGGAACUGAAUAACUUGCAGCGUGAGAGACUUCGGUUUGAACGCGAGAAACAACUCCGGCAGCGAAAUUCGUUCUCCACUUCUCGCGAAAGACGCCGAUCGAUUUGUAUGGAGAAAAAAUCGCUUACCGAAGUUGGCACGAAACUACCAGUGAAUGACAAGUCUUUCGGUGCGUCUGCUUCGCUGGCAUUUGAUCCCACCAUCAGGAAAAGUUCCCGUCGACAAAGAUCAAGCAAACAACAACUUACAAACUAUCGUUCUCUGAGGAAGGCUUGUAAGGACUUAAGCACCUUUAAUGUUUUUCCUUACAUCGAAGAAGAUGAUGUACAACGCUUUCACAAGCAUUGUAAGUCCGCCUCGAGAAGCGAGUGUCGGCGAUGGGGGGCUGCUUGGUUUUAUGCCAAAAAGGAGCAAUACUUAGCAGAAGAUGGAAAGAGGAGAUGGACAUCGCUGCUGUUGAAAUUUGAAAAGGAGAAAAUGCGCGUACUGGGUGAAAAAGGAGUUGCUUUUCUGGAUGAUGGGUUGGAUGGGAAAUGCUUGAUGGAUGAUAAAAAUAAGUUCGGCAGAAAGACUUCUAAUGAAAAAGAUAAUGAACAAAGUUUUAAUGGAGCAAAGUGUCUAUCGUCUUCACUCUACCAAGGAAAAGAUAGCGCUGACAAUUCCAGUGAAAACUUCGAACUUUCAAAAAAAGAUAAGUUAACUUUCCACAAGGCCUUUGGCAGAGUUUCCACAGAAAGAGUAGAUCUUGCCGACGAGGAAAAUUCAACUUUUCAUAAAGCUCAUGGUGUUCUACUAGAGGAAAACGAAAACAGCGCUUCCAGCGUUUUACGACCAGCACCAACGACAGACUUCCUCAAAGAAGACCAGAAACCGCGAGGAGGAGAGGUACAUGAAACGGCUGAUAAUGACCCUGUUGAUUGCAAAAGUAACAAAAGUUUGUUGAAAGGAGCUGGAAAAAAUAACAGCCUGAAACGUUCCAAGAGAAUCCGCAUACACGCUACAGAGGGGAGAGAAGAUUACAACGGAAAUGUGUUGCCACGCAUGCCUGCAAUUCCUGAACUGCAAGUGGAUGAAAGCAGCUCAAAUUCCUCGAUUGAAAAAAUGAACAACCUUCCCAGGCGAAAACGCGGUGUUUUUUUGCCCAGCUUGGCAAAUAACUAA